GCGCAUGCGCGCUAAGCAAACUCUCUUUGGACCUGCGUCUCCACUGAAACGAUGGCCAAGCGCACCAAGAAGGUGGGGAUCGUGGGGAAGUACGGCACGCGUUAUGGCGCGUCGCUGAGGAAGAUGGUCAAGAAAAUUGAAAUCUCUCAGCACGCCAAGUACACCUGCUCUUUCUGCGGCAAGACUAAGAUGAAGCGCAGGGCCGUCGGCAUCUGGCACUGUGGGUCCUGCAAGAAGACGGUGGCUGGAGGCGCCUGGACGUACAACACCACAUCGGCUGUCACGGUCAAGUCCGCCAUCAGGAGACUGAAGGAGUUGAAGGACCAGUAAACCAGUGGGAGACCAUCACUGCUGGAUUUGGGACUUUUGUUUUCUAUAAUUAAUCCGAGCUGGACAUGGCCUCAACAUCCAAAAAUAAAACGGUCUGGAGCGGA